GAAGCUGACUUCGCGUUCGGUUCGAAAUUAAAUUGGAAAGUUGUGGUCGCCAUGAAAUAUUUAAGCGGCAUUGUGCUCUUUGUCGCCCUUUUGGCCCUCAGUGUGCGGCCAUCUGAGCAGGCUUGUGGAUAUGAGGCAUGUCCCAAAACGAAGACGAACAUGAUCAACAUUCACAUGGUUCCCCACUCCCACGAUGAUGUGGGCUGGCUGAAGACCGUUGAUCAGUACUUCUAUGGCCACAAGAGCAACAUUCAGCACGCCGGAGUCCAGUACAUCAUCGACACUGUGAUCUCAGAGCUGAUCAAGGAUCCCGCUCGUCGCUUCAUCCAGGUGGAGACCUCCUUCUUCGCCAAGUGGUGGGCAGAGCAGUCGGAGACUGUGAAGCAGGUGGUGAAGAAGCUGGUCAACGAGGGUCGUCUGGAGUUCACCGGUGGUGCCUGGAGCAUGAACGACGAGGCUGCCGUCAACUACCAGAGUGUGAUCGAUCAGUUUACCCUGGGAUUGAAAUUCUUGGACGACACCUUCGGCUCUUGUGCUCGUCCCCGCAUUGGCUGGCAGAUCGAUCCCUUCGGUCAUUCCCGCGAGCAGGCCUCGAUCUUUGCCCAGAUGGGCUACGAUGGAGAGUUCUUUGCCCGCAUGGACCACCGCGACAAGAACAACCGCAUCGACAACCUGGGCAUGGAGAUGAUCUGGGAUGCCAGCGACUCGCUGGCCAACGAUGAGAUCUUCACUGGCCUGCUGUACCGUCAUUACUCGGCCCCUCCCGGCUACUGCUUUGAUGUGCACUGCGGUGACGAUCCGAUCAUCGAUACCAAGAGCUACGACAACAAUGUCAAGUCGCGCGUGGAUGACUUCAUCAGCUAUGUGACUCAGGUGGCCAAGCACUUCCGGUCCAACCACAUCAUGAUCCCCAUGGGAGAUGACUUCCAGUACGAAGAUGCCCAGGUCAACUUCAAGAACAUGGACAAGUUGAUUAAGUACGUUAAUGAGCGCCAGGCCGAGGGCUCCACAUUCAACCUGUUCUACUCCACACCCGCCUGCUACCUGAACUCCCUGCACGAGGGUCUCCAGACCUGGCCCAACAAGACCCAGGACUUCUUCCCCUACGGCAGUGACGACAACAGCUACUGGACCGGCUACUUCACUUCCCGCCCCACCCAGAAGCGGUUCGAGCGCGAUGGCAACCACAUUCUGCAGGUGGCCAAGCAACUGAGUGUCUUUGCCGAGCUGAACAGCCAGCAGCAGAAGGAGGACCUCGAGUACCUUCGCGAGAUCAUGGGUGUGAUGCAGCACCACGACGCCAUCACCGGAACCGAGAAGCAGGCCGUGUCCAAUGACUACGAUCGCCUUUUGUACGACGGCAUCCUCGGUGGUGUCAACACUGCCCGCGAUGGUCUUCGAAAACUAACCAAUCUCCCUAAUGGAGAGUUCGAAAGUUGUCUGCAGUUGAACAUUAGUGAGUGCGCCUUCGCCAAGGACAAUGCUGACAACCUGGUGGUGACCCUCUACAACCCAUUGGCCCACACUUCCACCCAGUAUGUGCGAGUGCCUGUGAAGGAGGCCAAAUACCAGGUGACCGAUGAGAAGGGCCGUGUGGUGGCCUCCGAAUUGGUGCCAGUUGCCUCGCAAGUUCUGGCUCUGGAGUUCCGCAACAACGACACUCAGCAUGAGUUGAUCUUCAAGGCUUCCGUCAACAAGAUCGCUAACUAUUACAUCAAGAAGGUCGAAAGCCAGGAGAGCAGGAGCGUUGCCGUCCACACUCAACCCAAGAAGUCCGUCAAGGAAGCGAAAUCUAGCUUGGAGGUGCCAAAGCGUUUCAAGAAGGUUCACUCUCUAAAGAACGCAACUGAAACCCACGAUGACGAAGAUGGAGAGACUGUGGUGCAGACUUCGCAAAUCAAACUGGUGAUCGACAACAAAACUGGUCUCUUGAAGACCGUCGAAAUGAACGGAGUCUCCGAGAACAUUGACCAGAGCUAUGGCGUUUACAGGACUUACGACUCCGGUGCCUAUGUCUUCCGUCAGUACCACCAGGCAGACUUUAUCAUCCAGGACGAAGGGGUUGAGUUCACGGUCUACGAUGGAGCGUUGGUCAAGGAAGUCCACCAGCAGUUCAGCGAGUAUGUCUCUCAGGUCAUCCGCAUCUACGAGGGCAAGAACAUUGUGGAGUUCGAGUGGCAGGUGGGACCCAUUGAGAGGGAAGAAGACUUCGGCAGGGAAGUGGUCAUCAUCUUCAACAGUACGAUUGCCUCCAAUGGCGUUUCCUAUACCGACUCCAACGGCCGCGAGAUGAUCAGGCGUGUGAAGGACCAGCGUGAGGACUUUACCCCCGGUCUCGACAGGCAGCCAACUGCCGGAAACUAUUACCCGAUCACAUCCCGCAUUGCUCUGCAGGACAGCAACAAGCGGAUUGCCCUGCUGAACGACCGUGCUCAGGGCGGAGCCAGCAUGAACGAUGGACAACUGGAGCUCAUGUUGCACCGCCGCCUUGUCCGUGAUGACGGCUACGGCGUGGGAGAGGCCUUGAACGAGGAGAAGUACGGUUCGCCCAUGAUUGCCCGCGGAAAGAUCUACCUGAUCCUCAGCCCGGUCGAUGAGUCCACGUCCGUGGAGCGGGAGGCCGAGAAGGAGAUCCACCUGCCCUUCUGGAAGUUCUUCAGCAAGAACACCGGAAGCAGCAGUUCGGCUUUCAAGUCGGUUCCCAGCUUCGAUGACUUCCCCAAGUCGGUGCAUCUGCUUACCCUGGAGCCUUUCAACGACGACGAAGUUCUGCUGCGUGUGGAGAACUUCUUGGACCACACCGAGGGCAAAGUGGUUAGCUUCAACAUUCGUCCGAUCUUCGAUUACCUGAAUGGAGUGGAGAUCCGCGAAACCACUUUGGACGGCAACCUGCCUUUGAGUGACAUGAAGCGAUUCAAGUUCCACCACGAUAACGCAGGACACAGGCCCGAUGACGUGGAGUUCUACACCUCGGCCCACAAGCCUUUGGCUGCUGAUAAGUCUCAGGAAGCCUCCGAGUUCAGCGUCACCCUGCACCCAAUGCAGAUCCGUACAUUCAUUAUCAAGACGGAGUAAGCCAAAGUUCUCAGUACAGUAUUUAAUGAAAUGUAAAUAUUAAAAUAAACAAG